AUGUCUCAGAUUCGAUGGGAAGACCCGGAUGGCUUCGACCCCGUGAUUACAUUGAGAGCGGCUCGUGUCAGGAGUAUAGGAUCUGGGAAGCCACAGAAACCACGUAGAAGAAGAACGACGUUCGAGUCCAAUCGAUCGGAAUCUCGAGUUCAGAACGCCAUCUUCCUUCCCACGAAAAGCUCUUCCGGCAGAAAGGUCAACCGGAUUCAGAAGUUUUCUUUCUCCGAAGCAUACCAGAGCUCGUCGCUGCCACCAGUGAUGAAGAAACCGAAGCCUAUCGAGGAGGAGAUAGCUGGCAAGUGGGUGGGCGAAUCUCUUGGGUUCAACGGGUACAGGAAGUACUACCGAUCAGUCGAGCUCGCUUCGAACGGGGAAAUCAUUGAAUGCGGAAAAUGUGUUGCGAUGCGACCUCCUCAGUCGAGUCGAAGCAAGUGGGACGCCAGCAAGCCAUGGAUAGCUGCUGUCAAGGACCUCUUCGAAGACACAUAUGGGAACAUGAUGAUGAAUUGCGUCUGGUUUUAUCGCCCUUACGACUGCAAAGGAGUUCAGUUGCCUGAGGAUACAUUAAGCACAGAAAUAUUCUUGAGUGGUGUAGCGGAUGAAAACAGCAUUUUCUCCAUCCAGGGCUCUUGUGAGGUUCGAGGCCCACAAGAUUUUGAGCUUUAUAAACAGAAGCAAGCUCUCAAGGUUUCAGAAUCCGAAGAAAUCGUUUCCGAUAAAGAGCCUCUCGUGCUCCUGUGUCGACGGCGAUUUGAAGAGGAUUCCUUCGAAAUUGUGGACAUCAAAGAUACGCAACGAGAGAUUGAGAGGGCUGUGAAUGGAGUUCAUUACUUGCAGAAGUCAGUCAUGCAGCACAUCCGGAAUUUCCAGCAGGAGUGGAUUGAGAUCUUGAUGAAGAACCAGAUCAACUCAAAGAUUUCGCCAGAGAUCCUUCAAUUUUUGAAAUCAAGGAAUCCGGGGUUUGAGGCAACGUUGAAUUUGGCAUUUCACGAGCAAGUUCGCAAAUCUCAAACUCGCAGUUUCUAUGCGGAGGAGAUUGUGUUCGAGGAGAGCGAUGUUCAUUUCCAUGACAGGAACUAUGCCGAUGGUUUCGUUGGGUUCCCGAACCGCGAAUUCUUCAAUUCCAAGUUUCAAAAACUCCCGUCGCAAAGUCACAGAAAGGAGAAUUAUGACCGCUGCCAGAAUGACUCAAGUUUCCAGAAUGCAAAGAAGCGAUCUUCAGACCAGAUAAUCGACACGACCCGCCUAUCACACAAACUUAAGAAGGCCAGGCCAUCAGAAGCAGAAGUUCUAGAGAACAAGCACGUCAGGACAUUUCAAAGCGAAGGAGGUCACUCGGAUGAUACAACGGCUUCGCAGCAAUCAACUCCGUUGAUCGAAUCUCGUCAAGAUGGAAAUACUCCAGACCAAUUCCCGAGAUGUGCGGACAGGAGUUUCGAGAACAACCACAACGAAGAGGAGUUCGAUGAAGCGAGCCAGAACGGGAGCUCGGACAUGGAUGCCGACUCUUCUUCAGAUUCCGAUGGGUGGUCGUCGAGCGACUGCUUGGAGACUGACAGGCGAGUGUUCCUGUCGGACAUCAACCCUCACCUCUACACUCGUCCCAAGACUGUCAAGGGGGGAACGGAAUGGUAUCCCAAGUUGACGCCUGAGGAGGCCAAGACCAGGGCAGGAUACCCUUGUUUGUGGGUCUGCGCCUACCCGAUGUGCGGGCAAGCGUUUGCCAGUAGGCAUUUCUGUAAAGCUCAUCAGCUAUCGGCGAAACACGGCAAGUGGGAGGGAGAAAAUCCUAUGAUAUCCAAGAGCGGCAAGCAGACAGCUAUCGUAGUCGAUUGCACCAGGAGCGGUGAGGUAACAUUCGCUUCUCCCACCAUAGAGAAGAAGAUGAGGAAGCUAGUCAAACAGAUGUCCGGCAGCGAAGAGCCGCAGAUUGACAUGAACUUGCCGGUCCCUGGGAAAGUUUUGCACACGGGAGAUCGCUGCAAGGGAUGGGGCUUGUUUGCUUGCAAGCACGUGCAGAAGGGAGAGUUCAUAGGACACUACUCGGGAGUCGUGACAGACAUCGGUUACGCCAAGCGCUACACGGGUCACUACACCUUCGGAGUGAUCCAUGGGCUGGCCAUCGACGGGACGGCGGGUGGCGCCUUGAGGUUCAUCAAUCACUGCAUGGAGAAUGAGGAGCCGACAGCUCGAGCUCUGAUAGUGAAUCACCACGGUGUAUGCCAUGUAGCAGUGUAUGCGGCACAAGAGAUCCAGGUUGGAGAAGAGAUAACGCUGCGGUAUUUGGAUGUCUCGGAUGCUGAAUUCUUUGCAUCUCCUUGCGGAUUGGACUAA